CGAUGAUUCCUAGGCCUACUAAGCGAGUCCAUUGCUUGCUACCUUCUUCCCCAAAUCAAAAAGCUUCUCGAUCCCCUCUCUGAACUUCCCUCGCCGAAUAUCCAAGCUCCAAUCCCUACGAUCAACACCCCUUUCCUUCCUCGUCGACAAAUUCCUCCUCUUCUCCAUACCGCCUUCUCUUCUUUUGGAACUUUAACAAGAUUCAUUGAUAAUUCCCCAAAAACUUAUGUAACUCAUCCUGUGAUUGAAUUGCGACUUCGUUCAACGGCCGCCGACCAAUAUCCUCCUCCAGUUCAAGAUCAUCCUGAUCAACGCCGGGUCCUAUCACACGAAUCGUGUGACCUAAGUCUAUACUCUAUAGACGUCUUCGAGUUCGAGAGACUGCCGGAGGAGCAAACCCCUAACUCUAAGUUCCAACCGGUCUCUCUCCGACGAGUUGGUCCCCGGAGGAAGGAGGCUUUGAAACGUCGAUCUGCUGGUUUGAUUUCUUGAGGCAUGCUGAAGUCUAUCUCUUCAAAGUUGUUGGUUCUCUUCUGUAUGCUGCUUUACCUUCACUUCAGUUAAUCAUGAGAAGAGGGUCAUCAGGAAACACAAUGAUUAGGCGCUCCUACCCUCACCAAUCUUUUGUAGUCAGAUGUGCAAUAGCCUCCAGGAUUCUCCUCUUGGUCCUGAUUCUCCUAUGGCGCAAUCUUGUAUCUUCUUAUGACACCUCUUCACCUCUCAACCCUGAGUGUCUAUCCUCAAACUCUGAGUCUCAUCAAGAAGGGAAUGUUCUACUGCCCCGUCUCGGUUCUGCAGUCGAGGAUAGUGUUGUGUGGGAUGGCGUCUAUUUCGUUCGAAUUGCACAAUGUGGCUAUGAGUAUGAGCAGUCCUACGCCUUCUUGCCUCUCCUUCCUGUUCUAAUGUCCAUUUUAUCCCGUACAAUUUUUGCACCCUUGGUUCCACUUAUCGGUUUUAGGGCUGUUCUGUCACUUGCUGGAUAUGCUGUGAACAAUGUUGCUUUUGUUUUUGCAGCCGUUUAUCUGUACCGGCUUUCAGUUCUGAUUCUGGACAACACUCAAGUGGCACUAACAGCUUCAGUUUUAUUUUGUUUCAACCCGGCAUCUAUUUUUUAUUCAUCAAUAUACACUGAGAGCUUGUACUCCCUGUCAUCACUCGGAGGGUUGUACCAUUUGAUAUCUGGUGCCACUAAUAUCUCUGUUCUUUGGUUUGCACUCUCUGCUUGUGCGAGAUCUAAUGGAGUGCUUAAUGCCGGUUAUUUCUGUAUUCAGACUAUGCAUCGAGUUUAUGAUGUUGUAUUCCUGCAAAAACGUACUUGUUCUGCAGUGCAAGUUAUUGUAGUUGGAGUGCUACGCUGUUUCUGCACAUUUGCACCCUUUAUCGCCUUUCAAGCAUAUGGCUAUCUCAAUCUGUGUCUUGGACUUCCCCUGGAUGAAAUGAGGCCGUGGUGCAAAGCCAAAAUACCAUUGUUGUACAAUUAUAUUCAAGGUCGAUAUUGGGGAGUAGGGUUCUUGACAUACUUUCAAUUCAAGCAACUGCCGAAUUUUCUCCUUGCUUCCCCUAUUUUAUCUCUAUCACUUUGCUCUAUUAUCCAUUAUAUGAGGUCACAACCUCGGAUGUUUUUCUCGUUGGGUUUCCUGUCGCCUGAUGGACAGACAAGGAGCAUGGUGAACUCCAGGGUUCUGUUUUUUUUCUUUCUUUUCAUGUGUACAGACAAGGUAGGUGCUAGCCACAGGAAGAAGCAUAUGACUGAAGAAGACAAUGACCACAUUGCCUCUGUAGAAAGCAACGAAGCCCUAGAUAAGGGAAGGCGCAUAUCUGCCUUCGUUGUUCCAUGUACUCUGCACUUGGCAUUCAUGGCAGCCACUGCGUUUUUUGUCAUGCAUGUCCAGGUCGCUACGCGUUUCUUGUCAUCGAGCCCUCCGCUGUACUGGUUUGCAUCGUCAAAGAUGCUGGCAGGAAAGAAGUGGGGGAAGUUGGUACAGGGAUAUUGCAUUGCCUACAUCCUCCUUGGUAGCUUGCUGUUCUCAAACUUCUACCCUUUCACCUGAAGAAAAAUUGCAGAGCAGCACAAGAAAGCCCGAACAGCAGACGGAUCUUUUAGAGCUCAAGAUGUACAAUUGACAAAGUAGGGAAGUCUUUUUUUGUUAUAAGUUAUAACUUGCAAUCAAAAUUUGAUCUACAAUUCUGGUUACAAAUGUAGAUGUGAUCGUUAUAAUUUACAAACUCUCCAAUUGUAAUAUUAUAUGCUGUCUUGUUAUUUGAUUGAUGCCGAAUGAGUAAUGACCAAUGCAUGGUUUAAAAAAAUCAA